UGUUUUCAAUUUAUACUUAAGAUAAUAAUACUGUUUCUGCAAUUUCCCAACAUGGUGAUCACCACCGCCACAAAUUAUGAGUUAGAGACAAGUGAUGGUUCUGCUUAUUACGAUGGUAAAGCUGAACGUAUAUCUUUUGACGAUUCAAAAACUGGAGUGAAGGGCCUUGUGGAUUCUGGGGUGUCGAAGAUUCCACGCAUGUUCUAUUCUGGCAAAUUGGACCUCACUGAGACCCUACUAAGUGCCUCAAAGAUCAGUGUCCCUGUCAUAGAUCUUCAAGACAUGGAAAAAAGUUCAUCUCAGCAUGCUGAAGUGGUUGGUAAAAUUGGAAGUGCAUGCAGAAAGUGGGGGUUCUUCCAAGUGGUGAAUCAUGAUGUUGGUGUUGAGGUUUUGGAUGAGAUGAUAUCUGGAAUACGUAGGUUUCAUGAACAAGAGGGUGAGGUGAGGAAAGAGUUUUACUCAAGGGAUAGUAAUAAGAAAGUUAGGUAUUUUUCUAAUGGCGGCCUGUUGAGAGAUUUGGACCAGCCUGCCAACUGGAGGGAUACUGUUUCAUUUGUUGCAAAUCCUGAUCUUCCCAACCCAGAAGAAAUACCAGCAGUGUGUAGACACAUUGUGGCUGAAUACUCAAAGAAAAUAAGGGCUUUGGGGGUUACAAUCUUAGAGUUAUUGUCAGAGGCUCUUGGUCUUGAUCCUUCUUAUCUUAAGAAAAUGGACUGCUCUGAGGCACUAUUUAUUAUGGGUCACUACUAUCCAGCAUGCCCUGAACCCGAAUUAACUCUGGGCUCUAUAGAGCACACUGAUAUGGACUUCAUGACAAUACUUCUCCAAGAUCAAAUGGGUGGUCUUCAAGUUCUUCAUGAGAAUCAAUGGAUUAAUGUUCCUCCUCUGCGUGGAGCACUUACUGUUAAUAUUGGAGAUCUUUUACAGCUUAUGACAAAUGACAUGUUCAUCAGUGUUAAACACCGGGUCGUGGCGAGUCAUAUAGGGCCUAGGAUUUCUGUAGGAAGCUUCUUUAUGAACUUUACAAUGUCCAAGUGUACAUCAAAGGUUUAUGGUCCAAUAAAUGAAUUGUUAUCAGAAGAAAACCCUCCAAUCUACAAGGACAUUACUAUGAAAGAUUUCUUGACACAUUAUUACUCAAAAGGUUCUGAUGGCAAGUCUUGCUUGCUGCCUUUCAAGAUCUGAAUCAAAUAUACAGAAAUAGUUUGGCGCACUCUUUGAUUCUCGUGGACAAGGCUUUACUCUUUAAUCAUAAAUAACAAGAGGCAUUGAAUCUGGUUCUCUGUAUCUAGGAAUUUUAAAGGACAGAAAAAUAUUUAUACUACCCCAACAUAUAGUUUCUGUGUACGAGUGUAUGGCAAUAACUUGAUGUAUGUAUCUUCAGUGUGUCAAUGUCAUCAUAUUUUUCAUUUUUUCUUUAA